ACUUUGGUCAUUAAAAUCUACGUCGCUCUCUAUAUAUCGCAUGCAACUACAAAAGCCAAGCUUUACGUGGCACGAGCUAGAAGCCCAAGCUGUUUACGUGGCGUACAAUACAAGCGGCGUUGUAUCAAUAAUUGGCUUCAACACCGCAAACAAAUCAGAGUAACAAUGGCUGCACUCGCAAAUGCAAACUCCGUCGAUGUGCUCUAUGAUUUUUCAAUAAUGAGAGUUUACACCGACGGAAAAGUUGAGAGGUUGGCCGGAAAAGAUGUCGUCCCGGCUGGGUUAGACGCCGAAACCGGAGUUCAGAGCAAAGACGUGGUUAUCUCGCCGGAGCUGAACAUUUCUGCGAGGCUCUAUCUCCCCAAAACUGCCGGUACAGAUGGACGGAAAAAGCUGCCGCUUCUCGUCUACUUUCACGGUGGCGGGUUCGUGAUUGAGUCGGCCUUCUCUCCAACCUACCAAAAGCAUCUCAACUUGGUCGCCGCCGAAGCCAACUUCGUCAUCGUUUCCGUUAACUAUCGCCUAGCCCCGGAGCAUCCGCUCCCCGCGGCGUAUGAUGAUUCUUGGUUAGCUCUCAAGUGGGUGGCGUCUCAUUCCCGCGGCGGAGGUCAGGAGCCGUGGCUAAAUGACUACGCCGACUUUUCCCGGGCGUUCUUCGGCGGCGACAGCGCCGGCGGCAACAUAGCACACAACAUGGCCAUGCGGGUCGGGUUAGAGAAUCCCGACGGUAUCAAUCUUGAAGGGAUUUAUCUAAACUGUCCAUUUUUCUGGGGAAAGGACCCGAUUGGUAACGAAGGUGACAAUGUGUACGUAAGCUCUCUUCUUGAGAAUCUAUGGAAGUUCGUGAACCCGGGCACGACGGGGCUCGAUGACCCGUUAAUUAACCCUGCAGCGGACCCGGACCUUGCUAGGGUCGGGUGCAAGAGGGUGCUGGUUUACGUUGGCGAGAAGGAUCCGUUAAGGAAUAGAGGUUGGCAUUACAAAGAGGUGCUGCGGAAGAAGGGGUGGGAUGGGUAUAUUGAGGUGGUGGAAGCUAAAGGGGAAGAUCAUGUUUUCAAUUUGAUUAAUCCUUCAAGUCAUAAUGCCAUGGCCAUGGUGAAGAAGUUGGCCUCUUUCAUCAACAAUGUAUAAUCACAUCGUUAGUUUCCUGAGUCUUAAAAGCGAUGCAUGACACGUGUUACGACCGUUUUGAACGAUGCAUAUAUGUUUGCCAUGUAAGUAUGUAACGAUAGAUUUGUCAAUGUGAUGACACGUGUUAAAAUCGGAGUGA